UUGCAGUGUGUUUGGAAUAUCCCUUCUUAUUUGAAUAUGAAAACGCUGUUACGAGGAUUUUGCAUCACCUGUCAUUGCCCCUUCUUUUGCAAAUGAAUUUGGAAAAAAAUAUUAAGGUGCUGUCAUAAAGAUCUUGCAUUGCGUGUCAUUGUGUUUUCUCUGCAAAUGCGUUUAGAAAAAAAAUAAGGAAAACAUCAUCUGCAUAAUAACUAGGACGAUGGAACAGUGUGACAUUAAAUCGGCUCUAUAGCACCUUUGCUACAACUCCACCAUGCUGUUGCUCAGGUUUCCUCAUGUGAUAAAGUGAGUAGAAAGGCUGGCUGCUACACCAUGAUACCUUCACUUGUGUGACUGGAUGUUACACUCCCAGACAAAAUAACUAUGGUCUAAUGGUUGAUGGGCUCAGAACCAUGGCAUCGUCAGUUGCCAGCAGCCGAAGAGAUAGUAAAUCUGUGACCUUGGAAGGAGUUGACCCAGAAACCUGUAUGAUUGUCUUUAAAAAUCACUGGGCACAGGUUAUGAAGAUUUUUGAGAAGCAUGACCCUUUCAAGAACUCCUAUGCAAGGUAUGGAUCAGUUCCUUCUGAUGAGGCAAGCACUGUUCAGAAUUAUGUGGAACACAUGCUGUUUAUGCUGAUAGAAGAGAGGAAUGAAGACACUGCUAUGGGCCCCAUCCUUGAGUUUGUGGUCACAGAGAAUGUCAUGGAGAAACUGUUUCUGUGGAGUCUCAGGCGAGAAUUCACUGAUGAAAUGAAAAUUGAGCAGUUAAAGAUGUAUGAGAUGUUGUUAACUCAGUCACAUCAGCCGUUGCUGCAGCAUAAACCCAUCCUAAAACCCCUCAUGAUGCUGAUGAGUUCUUGCUCUGGUGCUUCGUCUUACACUGUAGAGAUGGAAUUGGUGCUUCUUUUAAAUCAGCUUUGCUCCAUCUUGGCUAAAGACUCAUCAAUCCUAGAGCUGUUUUUCCACACAAGCGAGGACCAGGGUGCGGCUAACUUCCUUAUUUUCUCACUCCUGAUUCCAUUCAUCCACCGAGAGGGAACAGUUGGUCAGCAAGCCAGAGAUGCUUUGCUAUACAUCAUGUCUCUGUCUGCUGAGAAUAAGGUUGUGGCAAAACAUAUAGCAGAAAACACAUACUUUUGUCCAGUGCUGGCAACUGGAUUGAGUGGGCUGUAUUCCUCCUUGCCUACAAAACUGGAUGACAAGGGAGAAGAAUGGCACUGCAUACAGAGAGAUGAUUGGCUCGAUCUCCCCCCACUUGUCCAGUUCAUGAAUUCUCUUGAGUUUUGCAAUGCUGUCAUUCAGGUAGCUCAUCCUGUCAUCCGAAACCAACUUGUUAACUACAUUCACAAUGGUUUCCUUGUGCCUGUUAUGGCUCCUGCUCUUCACAAGGUGACAGUAGAGGAACUCAUGACAACCACUUCAUAUCUGGAUCUCUUCCUGCGUAGCGUCACUGAACCAGCCCUGCUUCAGAUCUUCCUGUCCUUCAUCCUACUGCACCAGCAUGACAGUGUGCAGAUACUGGAUACUCUCGUAAGCCGUAUCAACACUCCUUACAGGCUUUGUGUGGUAUCUCUAGCUUUGUUCAGGACACUUAUCAGCUUAUACUGUGAGGAUGUAAUGCUUCAGCUGAUCCUGAGGUAUUUAAUCCCAUGUAAUCAUAUCAUGCUUAGCCAGCGAUGGGCUGUGAGAGAAAGAGACUGUUACUCAGUGUCAGCUGCCAAGUUUCUCGCAUUAACACCAGACUGUUGCACAGAAGGGAUUAGCCUGACUGUUGCAAACCAAGAAGGAGAGUAUGUCUUGUGGUCAAAGUUAAAAAACUCUACGCAUAAUGAUAAAACUGGUUCCAAGGAGCACCUGGAUAACACAGAUCUUUGUGAAUCAGCUUGCAUUGUGGAAUACAACAAAACAGUUGAUGUCAGCUAUCUUAGGUACUUGUGGGAAGCUGAGGCAAGUAUCACCAGCUGUCUGAAAGCCUGUUGUGUUUGGUCUGCCCCAUAUGAUGGAGAGAAUCCUGAUCCUGAAAAAUUCCUGCAAGUAUUAGCAGAGAACAGCAGUGGUCCCUCCAUGUCUUAUCUGCACCAGCAUACUCCAAAGAGCAGGUUAACGUUAGAUGUUACUUCGGCAGGUGAGAAAAUGCAGCUGGACCUUGAAUGGGAUGACAGUUAUGACACUGGGAUGACACCCGGGUCUGAUGAAGAGUUGGCAGAUCAUCAUUAUCCCCUAAAAAAUGUAGGCGAUCAGCCUCCUCCUCCUGUAGAUCCACCAAAGCACAUUCAGGAAAUGAAGAAAAAUGCAAUAAUGCUUGUCAAGGGAUCGUACAUUGAAGACUCUGACUUUCAAGAUGAUGUUAUUGUUUAUAGGUUGUGUGCUGAGAAGGACUGUCAAGAUACAGUUUGUAAUAGUCCUGUUAAAACAAGCAUUCCUUUGGAUAAUACAAACACAGAGAAAGACAUACCUGCAGCCAAUGGACCAGUAGCUCAUUUAAACUCUGCAGUUGUCUUAGAAGAACAGAAUGAAAAAAACACAAAUUUGAAUGUAGUUGUAGAAACGGAACACCCGAAUGAGAAAAACAUAAACUUGAAUCAGUUGGUGGAAAAGGAGAAGCUGAAUCUGCAAACUGUAAAAUCUGACUUAGAACAGGAGACAGAGGCUGAGCCUGAUCAUAACUUAAAUUUGAGAGCUCCAAGUCCAGACAGUGAGGACAUCAUCACACAGUAUGAUGAUCUUAUCAAGGACUUGGACUCUAAUCCCACCAACCUGGAAGAGUUGAAACCUGUUUUACCUGAACUAAUAACACCAAUGGAUGAAGAAGAAGAUGAUUUUGAUAGAUUUUCUGUUGGUUCUCCUCAAGAAAGAGUGCCUUCACCCUUUGGACCUAAAAGUCCCAUAUUUUCUAACAAUCCAGCCAGGAUACAGGGGAUACCUUUCACAGGCCCUUUCAUCAGUGUAUUAAUGUCAAAGCUGGAGAAUAUGCCGGAAAAUUCCUUGCAUGUAAAUCUGUUGCUCACAGGCAUCUUUGCACAGUUAGCUUGCUACCCACAGCCUCUUCUGCGAUCGUUUUUGCUGAAUACUAAUGUGGUGUUUCAGCCAAGUGUACGAUCUCUGUACCAGGUUCUGGCAUCUGUAAAGAAUAAAAUAGAUCAAAUUUCCUCCAGUGUGGAUAACUUCGUAGAACUCCUCAAGCAAGCCCAACAGUACCUUCUUUCCAGAGUGGACAAGUGUGCUGGUGCUGCAAAGUCUCAAACCAAAGGUAAUCAAACUAUUACUGCUGGAAACAUCAAGCCAAAACAGGAACCACCACCACUUCCCAACAUCCCUUCACAUGUGAGGAAUGCUGUCUUUGCAGCUGUGAUUUUCUCAGAAUUUCUUAAAGAACUAGCAGCUAUCGCUCAGGAACAUUCCAUUUUAUGCUAUAAACCCAUCGAUGGCUGUGAAGAAUAAGGAUUUUAAGUUCAUGAAAAAAACAUAGAUCUUUUUUAAACUGAAGAACUGUUUUUUAUGAGGAAUAUUUUUGACGUGAUGAAAGUGAGUUUUUAACGUUGACUCUGGUUAUAUGCCACAGGCCUUAUGAGAAACUGUAUAAUAAAUUAUGAAGCUCACAUCUGGUAUAAACAUUAAGCAAUUUUAUAACACUACAUUUGGUUUACGGGUUGCAGAGAUGUGAACUGUAGAGAUUUUACUUUAAGAAAAAAUGUGUUUUCAUUAUUAUUUUCAAGAAACAUUUUAGUGAAUUAUAAGAACUUAAGAAAUAAUGUGUGCCUUUUUAAUUAUAGCCAGGUAUUUAACUGUCAGAGAUUUUGCUAGGUGGCACAAAUGGCUUUCACAGUCAGUCUUGAGAAGUCGCCUAUUCAGCUGGAAAGAAUUCUUUCACACAGAGUGCCUGGCAUUAAUUUUUAUAGCAGAUGGACCAUCUGAGAGGAUACAUGCCAUUGUUAAAUUCAUUUUUCCUUUAGACAAAUUUGUUAGGGAGUCUCCAAGAAAAGACCCUAUUGCUGACUUGCACAUACCCAAUUUUGACUGGAGUAUACAGUUCCUGUUAGUGUUGAUGUGCUGAGCUACCUAUUUAGACAAAAUGUAUUUAUUACUGUGUUGGCACAAGUUGUGCAACAUAGCUGCACUGUCACCGUGGAUGAAUUCUAGCUGUAGAAAAACUGUUGCACUACAACAGUGUUUGAGCCAGAGCAACCAUGAAAGUGAUCAUGUAGCCAGAUGCACAGUCUUAAAGCUGCAGGUGUGGUUAAUGUACAGGUUAUGAUAAAGAAACACAAAAAGUGGAUGAAUGUGGAUGUUAAGUCUGCAGUACUCAACUUUAAAGCUGAUUCAUGAAGACAAGUUACAGAUCGGGAGUUGGUGUACAAAACAUCUUUACAUUGGCAAGAUCCUGCACAACAGUAAGUGUUCAGAGUUCAUUUUAUACUCACGAGAAAGAAGCAGUUCAGUUGAAGUAGCCCAUGCUAGAGGAGUAGACACACACACACACACACACACACACACACAAAAAAAAACUAAAUUAAAAGGAAGAAAAAUUAUUUCAUAUAAUUUUAACCUUAAAAUCCAUUUUGGUGUCAUCUGAUGGCACAGCUGCAUUUUUCUUUAACAGUCUGUGCAGCUUGGCUGCCAAAAAAACAAGUUCUGUAUAUCAGUGUACACUGUGGAUAGCUUGCCUGUACCAAAAGUAUGGUUAAAUUGUACUUGAUAUGGCCUUCAGCUUCCAGAAAAAAUUUGGACUAAGUGUAGAAGAAAACUUCAAAAAGUGACACUAUUAGCCACCUUUGAUUUUAUAUAAAAAUCAAGUUUAAAGCACAAGUUCCUGCUUCUGCCAUUAUCUAUAGUAUAACCAGUCUGGAACAGAUCUGCAGAAAAUGUACACAGAGUUUAGGUCAGUAAGCUGUUUCUGUAAUAGGGGAAACUAAAGCACAAGAGCUCCCAAAACGACUAACUGUUCACAUUUGAUGAGAUCAGAAAAUGAUGUUCAUUUGUGCAGAUUCCAUUGAAGGCAGUGAAAAAAUAUACUUAUGUACUCUUCCUAAAGUUGCUGUUACCUGUCAGAGUAAUUGCUUAGAUUUUAGUUACAAAAAAUAUAAACAGCAUGAGCAAAUUUGAAAAAUUCCUGAAAUCUGACUGGAUGGACCAUUUUUUUAUGUUUAAAAUAAUCACUGCAACCUAGUGAGGAAAAGUAGUGAUAAUUUUCUUUAGUUUGCUGAUCGUCAGGGAAGAGAUGCAACAGUUGUGACUAGGUUAUCACUUAAAACUAAAGCUGAUAUAUUAAAAAAAAGAUGGGACAUGCAGCAAAAUAGAUACAAAAUUGAUAUUUGCACUUAUCUUAAUCUGUCAUUAGGCUUUCUGAAUGCUCCAACAUAAAAGUCACAGGUUGAGAGAAUAGUGACAAGUCAGCACAACAGACUACAGCACUACUACAGUAGCACAUACAAAAACUGAUGAAGGAAGUGAGACUUUAUAAUACAUCCAUAAUCAAUGAGAAUUCACUAUGCCAGCUUUGCUGUAGAAAUAAAAUGUAUCACUGUGAGUAAAUCCCAGAACAUUCCAGACUGUUCCAAACUACAUAAAGUUAUCAUUAAAGCCAAACUUCAAGGCAGUCGUUAAACUUCAUUUUCUGUUGUAUGUCAUGUUUACACCGGUGGCCCACAAGUAAUCAUAAACUACAAAGCUAGCUAUUUUCUAUGGCAAAAAUUACUUUUCUUGUUGCAAUGUAAAAUUAUGGGGAGGGAGGGGAACAAGGAAGCUGAUCUUUAAAGGCAAAGUAAUAAGGAAAAAGAUGCAAAUAUGAAUAGGAAAUGGCUGGUCUUUUGAUCAAGUUAAAUAUGAAAAAUGAAAACAUUGACUAUUUUUUAAGAUUUGUAAAUUAAGUACCACAUGUUUAUAUAUGUAUUGCAAGGUGACAGUACAUUUUGUUUCUGGGAAGGCUGCAGCAUGUAUAUGUUGUAACAAUAAGUGGCAGCAUGCAGAAAAUGUCUUUGUUAAAACAUUAAUAUGUGAAAUGGCUGGGAUUAUGAUCAAACAGCUGGCAACACAAAGGCUGAAUACUGUUUUAACACAGUUGAAACUGUUCUUUACUGAAAACCAAAUUACCGUGAAAAAAGUGUUCACGUGGGUGGGAAAAACUUUUACACCCUCAUGCUGGGGGGAAGGUAACCCCUUGUAUAUAAUCAAUUCUGAAAUCACUGUAUUAUGCAAAAUUGGCAUCUUCUUCUGAUGAAAAAAUUCUAAGUAAAGUGUUUUGGCUGAGUUAGAAUCAACAAACUGUCCUUUGUCCACCUGCCCUUGAAAAUUGCUCUGAGUAAAUAGUUGUUUUGCUAUGGAUUCCGUAGAUGAAAGUAAGAUUUCUUUUAAAUGCCACAUGGAUGUAGUAUCAUACACAGUUUGUCCACUAAAAGAAAAGUUAAGAAACGUUUUGGUUUAGAACACAGUUAUGUUACAUAUUAUGAAAAUACAUUGUUGCACGUCACAUAAAUGACUGCCUCACAAUGGGUAACUUAAAAAGCAAGUGCAAAUAUUUUUUUUAACCAUUUAUUUUUGUUAUAAUGUUGUCCUCAUCUUAAGUGGGCUUUCUUAUUCUAAAAUGUGUAGUUUGUACUUUAGUUACUAUAGUGAACUUAUAUUUAUUAAUUUUAAUAAACUAGUGUUUCUGUGUAUUUUA